UUUAGAAAUAAAGAUUUAGCUGUGGAGUUUAGGUCUCUUCAGAGUCACUCAUUGACUUGUGAAAAGCUCUUUGGAACUUCUGAAUCUAUUUCUCAGGUGUAGGGUGUUCAGAAUCUGAACGUAGGAAUGAGGUUAAUCAUGAGACCAUGUAGCUGUAGGAAAAACAAAGCAAUGUGGCUUUGGCUUUUCAGAUGUUGAAGGCUUUCCUAAGAGCAUGGUUAAAACAUAAGAGACGGAAAGGGAGAGAGAGAUUCAGAAAAAUUUAUUAGAUCACACAGAAUUUCCAAGGUAAACUCUGCGACGGUAAAGUUAGAUUUCUGUGCCAUUAGAGUGUAAAUGAACUACUCAGAAAAUGCAAAAACGUAAGGAUGGAUGAGAACUAUAACUUCUUGCCUCAUGGAGUCAAUCUCCAAGAUGCCAUCUUUCCAGACACUCAAGAGAACAGAAGGAUAUUUUCUAGCCUUUUCCAGUUUUCAAAGUGUUCACAAGGGCAGCAGCUGGCAACUUUCUUCAGUGACUGGGAGGUCCAAGAAGACACUAGGUUGCAAGAAGCACAGGAUCAACUUACAGAGGCUGUGAGAUGUGCUGAGAAAACACGGGAUCACGUCCAAAAGCUUGAAAUUGAAAAUGUCAAGCUACAAACUACAGUCAAAAAGCAAGUGGGCAAAAUUGAAGAGCUUCGGAAAAAACUGUUAAGUACAAGAUCGUUUGAGGAUGAAAAGGAACAAUUAAAGAAAUACAUUGAAUUAAAACAAUCUCUGGAAAAUAACUUGGACCAAGAAAAGAAGAAAAACAGUGAGUUCAAAAAAGAGAUUACUGGAUUGAUGAUCUUACAGCAGAGUUGGAAACUGCAUCUUCAAAAUGUCUGCACCUGGAUGCAAAAAAUCAAGUUCUUCGAGAGGAGUUAUUAUCUAUGAAAGGAAUGCAAAAGAAAAGUGAAAAACUAGAGAAGAAUAAAAAGAAGUUGGAGCAAGAAGUAGUGCACCUCAGAAGUCAUAUAGAAAUGAAUAUGAUAGAACACAGUCAAGUAGAGCAGUAUAAACGGGA